GCGGUCCUGGAUAGGUCCUUGCUUGGUCCCGGUUUAAGUCGCGGCUCAGGUCCCAGCUCCCGGGAGUCACAAGACCGGUAGGCAGGGGCCCCCAGCCGGCGAGCCGCAUGGAGCCCCGCGCCGGGGACGGCUGCUUUCUGGGAGAUGUGGGUUUCUGGGUGGAGCGUACCCCUGUGCAUGAGGCAGCUCAGCGGGGUGAGAGCCUACAGCUUCAGCAGCUGAUUGAGAGUGGAGCAUGUGUUAAUCAGGUCACCGUGGACUCCAUCACACCCCUUCAUGCAGCGAGUCUGCAGGGCCAGGCCCAGUGUGUGCAACUGCUGCUGGCAGCUGGUGCCCAGGUGGAUGCACGCAACAUUGAUGGCAGCACCCCUCUCUGUGAUGCCUGUGCCUCAGGCAGCAUCGAGUGUGUGAAGCUCCUGCUGUCCUAUGGGGCGAAGGUCAACCCUCCUUUGUACACAGCAUCUCCGCUGCAUGAGGCCUGCAUGAGCGGGAGUUCUGAAUGUGUGAGGCUUCUUAUUGAUGUGGGGGCCAAUCUGGAAGCUCACGAUUGCCAUUUCGGGACGCCUCUACAUGUUGCCUGUGCACGAGAGCAUUUGGACUGUGUCAAAGUUUUGCUCAAUGCAGGAGCCAAUGUAAAUGCAGCUAAACUUCAUGAGACCGCCCUUCAUCAUGCAGCCAAGGUAAAGAACGUGGACCUCAUCGAGAUGCUCAUAGAGUUUGGAGGCAACAUCUACGCCCGGGACAACCGGGGGAAGAAGCCCUCGGACUACACGUGGAGCAGCAGUGCCCCGGCCAAGUGCUUUGAGUACUAUGAAAAGACACCUCUUACCCUCUCACAGCUCUGCAGGGUGAGCUUGAGGAAAGCCACUGGCGUUCGGGGGCUAGAGAAAGUCGCCAAAUUAAACAUCCCUCCACGGCUCAUCGACUACCUUUCCUACAACUGAGUUGCAGGCAGGGGCUGGAAAGGCUGGUGACUUGCCUGGCUAUCACCUUGUUGUGCCUAGCCUUGGGCCCUAAAGAGUUCUGCCCAUUUCUCUGAGACAGUAUCAUUGCUGUAGAUAGAUUGACGCUCCUCUGUUUCUUUUUGGCUGUCGUUUUGGAUGUCUUCUUCUGAACCCUGGAGAAGAUCUCGGAAGCACCAGGUGGUGGCCAGUGUCUGACAUCACAGUUGUGGAUAUAACCCUCAGUUGUCUUCUGAACUAAUGCUGUCAUUCUCGGCUGGGCUCAGUUCUCUAGGUUUCCUCUUGUCACCAACCUCCCUCUAAGGCACUGAAGACAGACAGUUGAAGGUGCACAGGAAAUACUGGGGACUCAGGACACUGAUGUUAAUUUUCCUAUGUCUGGGUGCCAUGCCACAAGAGCAUCAGGUUCUAAGCACCUGACCCUGUGACCUGGGAUGACCAUGUUGCUGGUAUCUUGCCACUCAGACAGAAUUUCUGGGGUAGCAGCUGGCACUUUUCAAGGUCUACCUGCACCCAGAUUUAUCACUCAGGGGCUUUACAGAUCUGAGUGGGGAAGACAGGCUUUGUACCCCUACAUCUACCAGUGUUUCUUGGAAUGAUUGUCUCCAAUAUUAGGACUCAACUCUUUUAAAAAGUUUAUGUUGGGGGCUAGAGAGAUAGCUUAGGACCGGAGUUCAGUUCCCAGCAUCCACAUCAGGCAGCUCACAAGGGCCUGUUACUUCAGCUCCAGGGGAUCCGACAGCCUUUUCUGACCUCAUUAAGUAUUCACACAUAUAUAUGUACACACACACACACACACACACACACACACACACACACACACACACACAAAGGUAUACAUAAAUAAAAUAAAAUCUUUUUUAAAAGUCUAUGUUGGAGAACCUUUAGAAUAUAUACGUAUAUAUGUAUAUAUGUGUCUCUCUGUAUAUGCAUAUGUAUAUGCUGUAACAAGAUUUGCAAUGAGUAAUGUAAACAAUAUAAACAAUAAGUAAUAUGAAGGCCUGGUGGCAUGUGUUCCCAUGGAUAGUCAUUUCCAAUGUAAAGGGCUGUUAGAAGACUUUUUUUGAGACAGGGUCUCACCAUGUGAUGCUGGCUGGCCUGAAACUUGCUAUGUAGAUCAGGCUGACCUUGAACUCAGAGAUCCACCUGUCUCUGCUCCCCCAGUAUUGUGAUUAAAGGUGUGCACCACCUUGCUCAGCUGUUUGAAAACUCUUUCGGGAUUGUUUUUCAUUUGUUUUUUUGUUCGCCCAAUGGAGUCUUCACCAAUCCUUUUAAGCUAAUUCCUUGAAGCUAUAAGAUUAGUAAAAUACAGUGACACCACUCCAGCACCCAUGAAUUUUUCUUGCAGAUGCUUCUGGAGUAUCUAUCGUGCAUAAGACAUCAGUGCAAGACUUGAAUCAGAUGGGAAUGUGAUUCAUCAGUCAAGCAGGAAACGAAAGUGGGCAUAAUCCUUUCCUAUAGUAAAGAAAAUGGAUCCUACAUUGUGGGUUUGAAAUAUUAAGUCUUGCAUUCAGACUGAAUUUUCCUGAUUAACAUUCUAUAUCUUUUUUUUUUUUUUUUUUUUGGUUUUUCGAGACAGGGUUUCUCUGUGGCUUUGGAGGCUGUCCUGGAACUCGCUUGGUAGUCCAGGCUGGUCUUGAACUCACAGAGAUCCUCCUGCCUCUGCCUCCUGAGUGCUGGGAUUAAAGGCGUGCGCCACCAACGCCCGGCUAACAUUCUAUAUCUUAAUAAUACUGAUAAUACCCCACAUACAACAGGGAGAGCUAAAGAAUUUUCCACUAGUCACUCAAUACCACGAAAAGCUACCUUAUUUCAGUUACAGUCUUAGGUAUAAGUUCUAAAUAAAUCCAUGUUUCUGCAUGUAAUAAUAAUAACAAUCAUUAUAUAGAGUAUUGGAUUCUGCCUCUUUCAUGUAACAGAAUCUUGCGUCUAUCAAUAAAACCCAAUUGUACCUCCACUCAGUCAGCAUAUCCUUUGGUAUAGAAUAAAGUCCCUUCACCAUUAUUGCCCAAUAAAGGUGGUUGAACGAA